AUGUCUCGUUUAGAAAAACAUUUGAUUAUUCGUGAUGUUUGGGCUGAUAACUUGAGUUUUGAGUUUGGUUUGAUUCGUCGAGUUCUUGAUGAUUAUCCAAACGUGGGAAUGGACAUUGAAUUUCCAAGGACGAUUAUCUUUUCCGACAAGCAUUUCUCUUGUCUGUCACCUUCUGACAACUAUUUCCUCAUGAAGUCGAAUGUGGACACAUUAAACCUCAUACAAGUGGGUCUCACUCUGUCGGACAAUCAAGACUUUGACAUCAAGUCCAAUGAUCUUCGUAAUGUGGAUUCGAUCAAGCCGUUAAAGCAACAAGGAAUUGAUUUCAAGAGAAAUAGAGAAGAGGGAAUCGAUUCGAGGGAGUUUGCGAAGAUGCUUUUGUGGUCGGGACUGGUUUACAAAAGGUCGUUGAAGAGACGGGUGACUUUCCACAGUGAAUAUGAUUUCGGGUUUUUGAUAAAGAUGUUGACGCACAGAGAGUUGCCUGAGAACCUCGAAACUUUCAUGGCUAUGGUGCAUUUUUACUUUGGUGGGAGUGUGUAUGAUAUAAAGCACUUGAUAAGGGAUUGCAAUGGAUUGAACGGUGGGUUGGAGAGGGUGGCUAAGGCACUCGGUAUUGAUCGUGUGGCUGGGAAAAGCCAUCAAGUUGGAUCAGAUAGCUUGCUUACCAUGCAAACAUUCUUGAAGCUUCUGAAGGUGGUAGAAACGUCCUUUAUUAAUUGA